AUGAAUGUAAUGGAUUGGAACAAAUCUUUAGUUAAAAAAACAGCUGACAAUGAGCAAACUCCACUUCAUUAUGCAGCACGGUUAGCCAGGUGGUAUAAUAUUGCAUCCCAGCUAUUAGAUGAGGAUAAUUCUGUCGCUUAUGUUAUAGAUAAUGACAAGAAUACAACUCUUCACCUAGCAGCUAUGACAGGUAAAAAUUGUAUAUUUGAAGAGGUCAAAUUACACACUCCUGAUUGUUGGAAAAUUGUGAAUGGUAAAAGACAAAAUAUACUUCACAUUGCAUUGGAGCAUGACAGGAAGUACACAGCUAAAUACAUCAUAGAAAACAACAGAGGAAUCAACACUCUUAUAACGGAGAAAGACGUUGAUGGCAACGCACCUUUCCAUUUGAUGGCUGCUUCUAACUGCUUAGUGGAUGGAAUCAUACAUCAUGAUAUGGUGGCUAAGAACGCCUUAAACAACAAAAACUUGACUCCGUUGGACAUGGUACCUAAUUAUGGCAGAGAUGUAGAGGACGCACUUAUAAACGCAGGUGCUACAUGGAGUUGGCGGAAAGAAAUGAGCAGAAGUCAGGACGAGAGAAAGAUAACCAUCACAAAGAAAGAUCGGAAAGCUGCAGAGAAGGAAAUACUGGUAGAAAAGAAGGAAAGACGAGCAAGAAAGAAGGAAAGACUAGCAUAG